AUGGGGCGCAUGGAUGUUUCUGCGCUUCGCUAUCUCAGCAGAGACGAAAUGCGCACACUGCAGGCUGUGGAGCAAGGCAUGAAGAACCACGAGCUCGUUCCUGUGGAGCUGAUCUCGAGCAUCGCAAACCUCAAGCACGGAGGAGCAUUCAAGUGUCUUAGUUCUCUCCUUCGAUCGAAGCUCAUCAAGCAUGAUCGCAAGCACUACGAUGGCUACAGCUUGAACUACCUCGGCUAUGACUACCUGGCCUUCAGUACGCUGUCGAAGAGGAACAUCGUUCGCGCAGUUGGCCGUCAGAUUGGUGUUGGAAAGGAGUCGGACGUUUUCAUCGCCCUUGACGACUCGGAAGAGAGAGAAGUAGUGGUGAAGAUGCACAGGCUGGGGCGAACCUCUUUCCGCAAGAUCAAGGAGAAGCGAGACUACCAUCAGCACCGCAAGUUCGCAAACUGGUUGUACCUCUCAAGGUUGGCAGCACAGAAGGAGUUCGCUUUCAUGCGCGUCCUCCGCGAUGCGGGCUUUCCCGUGCCCGAGCCGAUCGACCAGAACCGACACUGUGUGGUGAUGUCGCUGGUAGACGCCUACCCUUUGACGCAGAUCAAGCACCUCCGCAACCCGGGGAAGGUCUUUGCCAAGUUAAUGGAGCUUCACAUUCGGCUGGCGCAGUGCGGCCUCGUGCACUGCGACUUCAACGAGUUCAACGUGAUGAUUAGCGACGGGGAAGACAUCACCGUCAUCGACUUCCCCCAGAUGGUCUCGACCUCUCAUGCAAACGCCGCCUUCUACUUCAACCGAGACGUGGAGUGCCUGCGGGUCUUCUUCGAGAGGAGGUUCGGAUUCCAGGCCAGCUCAAUCCCCAGCUUGGCUGACUGUGGAGUCCGUGUCAUGGACCUUGACAAGUUGGUUGCGGCCAGUGGAUUCUCAAGGGAAGAGACGAACAUGUUCGAUGAAGCGAUGGAAAGUUACCGUCAGAAGUCCGCCCAUGAUGACAUGGAUGCUGGUGAAGACAGAAGCAGCGGUGAAGAGGAGGAGGAGGAGGAGGAGGAGGAGGAG